UUACAUUAUUGUUUUUACAAUUUCUCUGGUAGUGUUUUCCUUUGCUGGCUUCUAUCUGGUGUCCUUUAUAAUGUUAUCUUAAUUGCCAUCAGGACCUGCCUGUUUUUCAGCACCUGAUACUUUUUGAUAAACAGCCUUCACAUCUGUAUGUGUCCUUGCAUUAUAAAACACGGAUUUCUUAGUGAAAAACAAUUUAUUUUAAACACAGUGCAGGAAAUGUUUUGCUUAACAUUGUUUGAAUGGGCUUUCUGAAGUCAAUGGCUGGAACUGACACUUUGCUUCUUUCUUCCAGUGAAGUUGGUGUGGUAGAACACUGCUGUUUGUUGAGUGCCAGCUCUGCCAUCCCCCAACAGGGAUGAACUCUGAGUAUGUAGAGAAAAAUAAAUCUUGGUAGCUCUCUUGGACUGAAAACCAGCAUUGGUAGAUCCAGACUUGUGCAAGUUCAUUUCACUUAGUGAAAGACUAGGUCUUAGGUUAAAUUAGAGUCUUCUUUGAGCAAGUUGUGAAAAGUUACUGCAUUGUCCUUGAGACAGACAGACAGACAUUGUCCUCAUCUGCAAAGGGGUGGUGUCAGAUGUGUUAUCCUGCAGGGUAGUGUCCCUGCAGCUGGCACACAGGGAAUUUUAUUGUCCUGGGGCCACAGAACACCAGUUACAUGUCUUGGUGCACAGCGAUAUUUGCAGAGGUGUUGAGGUGUUGACCUGCCAUAUGCUGUUAAUUUAAAAUAAGGCAGUGUCCUGUUCAUUUUGGAGGAUAAACGUCACAGAGGAACACAUGCUUGGUGGGGAAUGAUUUGAAGGUGUGAUGUUCUAUGUAAAGUAAAUAGUCAAAUGGUUUGCAUCUUGGACUUUAAAACUGGGCAUGGUAGGGGGAUUUUUGCUGUUGGCUUCAGUGUGGGAAUGGUUGUGAUAAAGCUGACUAAUGAUGAAAUCCCCACUUGUAAAGCCCUGACACUGGGGCUCUGGGUAUGGAAGAAAAAACAGCAUUUUUAGGAGGUAGUGCUGUUCAUGCCCGUACUUUUCUCCAGCUGAAGGUGAAACUGGCAGUUCUAGAAAUGGAAAAGGUUUGUUCCUAAGAGUGGUCUCCAGGUAUCCUGCUGAGUGAGACCCCCAUGGGCAUGUGCCCAUCAGGAAAUGGCUUGUGUGUUGAGCUGCACUGCGAGCUGCCAUGGCAGAUUGCAUCCAGCUGGGAGCAGCUGCAGGAGAGCAGAGCUGGCCUGGGGCAUGAAGACUCCCCGUGCAGAGAGAAGAAAACUGCAGCUGAAUGAUGCUGAUGUAUGAAUGGCAGGACUAAGGAGAGGUGUGGUAGACCAGGGGCUGCUGGAAACAGGAGAAACCCUGAGCAGCUGCAGAGGAGUCUGCUGAUCCUGGGUGGCUGGACAGCACAGGGGCAAAGGAGACUUCUGCUAGCAGGAGUAUUUCUUGAACUCUUCAGUACAUCACAGAAGUGUUGUAUUUGGGGAUAUCCUGCUUAAGGCCACGGAGGAAAAUCUGCCAAAAAUGACUUGAGUUGGAGAGCUGCUGCUUUAUCCACAGGGCCAGCUUCCAGUGUCCCAUCUGGAUGCACCGUGCACUAUGGUUCACAUCAAUGUGUUGAAAAAGUUCAUGUGUGUUCUUGUGGUGAUACUGAUAGCACUGACAGUUUGCCUCUGGAGAGAAACAAGAAGAAGCUACUAUGAUCCUUUGAAGACCAGCAGUGAUGAUUUUCAGGGGCACAGGAGUUUGGAGAAAUGGAACUUGGUUAAAUCACAAGGCCUUUUCCAUGAUGCAGCCAGUGAACUGGGGCAGGUAUCCAAAAUGUGGCUUGGUACCCAAAACAAAGUGAAAGGCAGCACCUCUGAAGCAGCUGAAAAGUCCAAGAAAGCAGCCUUUGGGAAGGUAUGGGAUAAGGACAGCUCAUCCAGAAAUCUCAUACCCAGGCUGCAGAAGGUCAGGAAAAACUACCUGGCCAUGAACAAGUACAACGUGAGCUACAACGGAAAGAGGAACGCUAAGCUCAGCCCAGAGAAGCUGCUGUGCCAGCUGCGGGACAGGGUCAAUGUGACCAUGAUACAGAGGUCAGAUGGUCCUUUUGGUACCUCUGAAUGGCAGCAAUACCUGCCAGGGAAAAGCCUCAGUGAAACAGUGGGACACUUGGGUCGCUGUGCUGUCGUGUCCUCAGCAGGGUCUCUGAAAUCAUCUCGCUUGGGACAAGAGAUAGACAGCCACGACGCCGUCUUGCGGUUCAAUGGGGCUCCUGUCAGGGGCUUCCAAGAUGAUGUGGGGCAAAAGACAACAAUUCGUCUUGUGAAUUCCCAGCUUGUAACUGUUGAAGAGCAGCAGUUCCUGAGGGAACCACUAUAUAACACUGGAAUCUUAAUUGUCUGGGAUCCAGCACCAUAUCAUGCAGAAAUUCAUGAGUGGUACAGAAAACCAGAUUACAACUUUUUUGAAAGCUAUAAGGCAUAUCGUAGAGCGCAUCCGGAGCAGCCCUUCUAUAUCCUGAAUCCCAAAAUGCAGUGGCAGCUCUGGGAUAUUCUGCAGGAGAAUUCCCUGGAGCAUAUUCAACCUAAUCCACCAUCAUCAGGAAUGCUUGGCAUCGUGCUCAUGAUGACGCUGUGUGACCAAGUGGACGUGUACGAAUUUCUCCCUUCCAAGCGGCAGACGGACAUUUGCCACUAUUACCAGAAGUUCCACGACCACGCCUGCACCAUGGGAGCUUACCACCCCCUCCUGUUUGAGAAGAACUUGGUGAAGCACAUGAACCAGGGCACAGAUGAGGACAUCUACACUCACGGCAAAGUCACCCUGCCUGGCUUCCGAAAAGUGCAUUGCUAGAUUGGUUUUACUGUGUUCAGUUUUCCUUGACUUUCAAAGCACUUUUUUAAUCAGGGUUGUCAGAUUUGUUAGGUCUAAGCACUGGUGUGUUUUGACAGCUCUUCCAUGAGCAAGGCUUGCUCUUAGGACUUUGUUGACCAGCUCUGAGCUGUAAGGCUCACUGUGGUACAGCCACCUGGCUGCAAUAAAUGGACUCCAGUGGAGCCAGGCUCUCGCAGCACGUGGAUACCUCUGGCUUCAUCUCAGCCAGUGAUGGUGUAGGGGAGGCACAGGAGAGGCUUUCUAAGCAGAGAUUGCACAAGUCAGGAUCAUACAAUGAACACAGUUUGGUUUGCUUCAAAGGCAUUGUGACAGCCAAAAACCUGGGCCAUUGGGAAACAUGAAAAACGUUUAGAAUUUGUUCCCAUAGUCAGGAGCUCUUCAGAGUAGGGCUAAUUUAUGGAAAUGCUGUCAAGCUGUGUAAUGAUAAGCUAAACUUCUAGUCCAAAAUAUUUGAUUUUAUAAACAGUCUGUGAACUUCCUUCCAAAUUGUAAGACUUCUGAAACCACUCAGGUGACAUUUUUGGCAAAGGAAGAGGAAAGCAAUUCAUAAUUUGGUGAAUCUUGCAAGACUUUCUAAUAUUUUUACUUUUUUUUUAAUAAUUUAAAAUAAAUUUUAGUAAUAAUUUCCUUUUCCAGUGCAGAAGAAUCCUUAUCAGGAAGGUUUUGGGAAGAUGCUCCAAGGCACAAAUGGGAGAACUCACUGGAAGUUGGUGCCUUUUUCCAGCUCUCUGCUGCUCUACCUUUGCAAUUGUUGAUGAAUUAUUUGCUGUACCCAUUAACACAAACAUUACAGAGUUGCUGCUAGAUGAGUUCCAGCCCUCUGCAAGCCAACAGAGGGGAUCUCUUGACUGCUGUGUGCUUUUCUGCAUAGGUGGGGGGAGCAGGUUUGCCAAUUCCAUGCUUCAUGAGUGAUGGGGAGGGAGAGCAUUCUCUGCUUCUCGUGCUGAAACACAGGCAGAGCUGGGAAGGGCAGCAUCUUCCUGCUCCAGGGACUCCUGUGGCAGCAUGCUGGGAGGGGUAGCUCUGCAAUCUCAGUGUGUUGGUGAGAACACCUUCCCUGUCUUCUGUACUCGUGUGUUCCAUGAGGUCUGGGAAGAAAUCUUUCUCCUGUUUUGAAUAAAUCCUGUGGAGUCACUGGCC